GUUGCUUAAAAUUAAUUGUUGAAUAAUAAAUAUAUAUAAAUUUUGUGUGAUGACGGAACAAAAUAUAUAUCAUGAACGUCAAUCACGCCAACUAUGCUGUUUGCAUGCACUAAACAAUUUGUUCCAAGCCAAACAAACCUAUACCAAAGAAGAAUUAGAUGAUAUAUGCACAGAUCUAAGUCCAGAAUCUUGGCUUAAUCCGCAUCGCUCCUGGAUUGGUUGGGGUAAUUAUGAUGUCAACGUACUUAUGAGAGCACUUAGCAAAAGAAACUGUGAAGCAGCUUGGUUCGAUAAAAGAAAAGAUCCUGCAUGCAUAAAUCUUGACGUAGUUUUUGGUUUUAUAUUAAAUGUGCCUUCUGAUUACAAAAUUGGUUUUGUAACCCUGCCACUACACAGAAGACAUUGGAUAGCAGUUAGAAAAAUUAAUGAUAACUACUAUAAUUUAGACUCAAAAUUAUCACGGCCAGAAUGUAUAGGUAAUGAAGUAGAACUAUUACGAUUCUUACGCUCUCAAUUAAAUACAAAUGAACGAGAAGUGUUCGUCAUAUUAACAAAUGAAAACGUUAAAGAAAAUUGGUUAAGAGAUGAAGAGGUCGCUGAGAGUUAAUCAAUAAAUCUA